CACGACAACCUGCUCCUCACGCACCUGCCCUCUGCUAUCUCGCUUCCAACUUGAGAUCUGUCACUGACUCAAUAGCAAACCUCAGCCUUCAAGGUAGCCAUCAAAGUCAAUCGGCUAACCCACGAUUCGUUAACCGGCAAUUGCAUCCUCCACACAAACCUGAGCAGAUAAGCCCGUCUUCCGGACUACUAACCCGAUCGAGGCUCCGAGCAUUACAGGCACUGUGACGAAGUCUACACUCACGACUAUACGUUGCUUGCGUGAGUUGUGGUUAUCUACGCUACCACGCAAUUCUACAAGACGCCAGUGUAGCAAAGCCUGGGCGGCAAGCACAGUGGACAAGAGUCACAGAGGGACACCCUACUUGAUCCACGGAGAGGCGGCGGCGGAAGGCAGUAGGCAAGAUGAGCAGUCCAAAGCGGAGAAUUGAGACGGAUGUCAUGAAGAUGUUGAUGAGCGAUUACGAGGUCACACUCGUCAAUGACAACAGGCAAGAGUUCUAUGUCCGCUUCAAAGGCCCAGAGGAGACACCCUUCUCUGGUGGCCUUUGGAAAAUACACGUAGAGCUGCCAGACCAGUACCCAUACAAGAGUCCAAGCAUCGGCUUCGUUAACCGCAUCUUUCAUCCCAACAUUGACGAGCUGUCCGGCAGCGUCUGUCUAGAUGUAAUCAAUCAGACAUGGUCACCCAUGUACGACAUGAUCAACAUCUUCGAGGUUUUCCUGCCGCAACUUUUGCGGUACCCGAACCCAACUGACCCGCUCAACGGCGAGGCUGCUGCUCUCAUGAUGCGAGAUCUCAAGAGCUACGAUGCAAAGGUCAAGGAAUACGUUGGCAAAUAUGCGACGAAAGAUCAUGUCGACGAUGCCGGCAACGACUCCGAUGACAGCGACGAGAUGAGCAGCGUUGGCAGUCUUGAUGAGGACGAAGAAGAUGCACAGCCUGCCGGCACAAUGGACGAGGUGUAGUCCCUGCGAAGAGGGUCUACUGAGAAGCCACGAAGUUGCACGUGUUGUCAGGCGUCCCGGCUAUGGGCACGGCGUUAACAUUGCUCGCUGGUGUGUUAAAGUGCUGUACUGGCAUGCACAAGUGCUCGGAUGGAGUCACCUUGUUAGUCUAAGUCGCUUAUAACUACCAUAACCAACCUUAGGUUCUAGCCUACUGCGUGGAUUGUGGAGCUUCCGUCACCGAAAGAUUGACCGAUCAGUCGCCGCCACGCACUAGAACAACUGUGGUUAGAAAUCCGGAACAUGAUGAGUAAUGAGACAACCCAG